AUGCCACCGUUGUCAUCAUGCCACCGUUGUCAUCAUGCCACCGUUGUCAUCAUGACACCGUUGUCAUCCUGCCACCAUUGUCAUCAUGCCACCGUUGUCAUCAUGACACCGUUGUCAUCCUGCCACCGUUGUCAUCAUGCCACCGUUGUCAUCAUGCCACCGUUGUCAUCAUGCCACCGUUGUCAUCAUGCCACCGUUGUCAUCAUGCCACCGUUGUCAUCAUGCCACCGUUGUCAUCCUGCCACCGUUGUCAUCCUGCCACUGUUGUCAUCAUGCCACCGUUGUCAUCAUGACACCGUUGUCAUCAUGCCACCGUUGUCAUCCUGCCACCGUUGUCAUCCUGCCACCGUUGUCAUCAUGACACCGUUGUCAUCAUGCCACCGUUGUCAUCCUGCCACCGUUGUCAACCUGCCACCGUUAUCAUCCUGCCACUGUUGUCAUCAUGCCACCGUUGUCAUCAUGCCACCGUUGUCAUCAUGCCACCGUUGUCAUCCUGCCACCGUUGUCAUCCUGCCACCGUUGUCAUCAUGA